AUGGUUGCGGUCGGGGAGUUGCUAGUCUCUGUCGCGCUGAAGACGGUUUUGGGCAAGCUGGCUAACCUCGCCUUCAACGCCACCUGGAACGACAUUGCUUUGCAGCUGAAUUUCAUUAAAGAUUUGAAGAGCAUCAAGGACAACCUGUCCUUUAUCCAAUCUUUCCUUGAGGAUGCGGAGAGGCAGUCGUCAAGGCUGGAGAGCGUCCGUCACACGCUUAAGAAGCUCAAGGCUGCGGCUUAUGACUUGGAGGAUAUGCUGCUACUCUUCGAGUCCUGGACCACCGCCCACAAGGGUGAAGGCCUUGCGCCUAGCGCCAAGGCUACAAAGGAGAUAGUAGACCUUCAGAAUAAAUUCAACUUCAUAGAACACACUAGCAACAAUGAUGAAGAAGUAAUCAGGAAACGGGAGACAUUCUCAGAUGCUGAUGAAGUCCCUGUUGGGAGGAUGGAAGAAAAAGAAAGAUUAAUCAGUAUGCUGCAAACAGAUGACUCAAACUUCCUCAUUGUUUUUAUCUCUGGCUUCGCAGGAGUUGGUAAAACUACUCUUGCCCAGAUGGUCUUCAAUGAUGAUAGAACGAGGCAAUUCUUUGAAAUCCAAGCAUGGGUCUAUGUCUCUGUAAAAUUUGAUAUCAUGACCAUCGGUCAAUCUAUCAUAUCCCAACUAGAUAAAUCAAGCAGCCCUGCUGGUAUCACCUUACAAGCUACACGCGACCGCUUGAAAACUAUUUUAGAAGGGCAACAGUUUCUUAUUGUUGUCGAUGACAUAUGGGAAGAAGAUCCACAUGAGUUGGAAAAACUAAGGACAUUGCUGCGGGGUGCUAAAGCAGGCAGCAAGAUCAUUGCAACCACACGCAGUGUAAAAGUUGCUAAGCUAAUGAAUGGGAGUUUGACAAUAGAAUUAGGUGCUUUACCGGACAAUUACUGCUGGGAGUUGUUCCGAGCAAAGGCAUUUCCAUAUGGAAAGGUGGAUGUUGAUAAGGAAAGUACAGGAAGACAGAUAGUCAAGAAAUGCAGAGGAAUGCCACUAGCAGCAAUUUCUCUCGGAUACCUUUGCCGGACAACUAAUGAAUGGAAAGCUAUACUGGAUAGUGAUAUCUGGGCAGAAAAUGGAGAUGAUGGACGGUUACUCAAAGAUACGAAAGUGCUACCAUCACUGAAGCUUAGUUAUCAAUACAUGUCUUAUCAUCUCAAGCUCUGUUUUGCAUAUUGCGCUGUUUCUCCCAAAGGCUGGUAUGUAGAGAAGAGUAGCUUGAUUCAGCAGUGGAUUUCUCUUGGAUUUGUUCAGCUCCAUGGCGAAUCGUUCACUGCACAACUAGCUGGAGAAAGAUACUUUGAGGAUCUUCGUGAGAUGUCUUUUCUUCAGGAUGUAGCAGGAAUGUCCCCAACUGUAAGACUUUCAUUUUUCUUUACUUUAUUGGAGAUCAAAGUUCUAUUUACAUAA